CGGGCCAUGGGCAGCGGCCGGCAGCCGCCGCCGCGCCGGGGGGGCUCCCGCGGGGCCGCGGGGCGCUCGGGCACCCACGGGUAGCGGCGGGGCCCGCCGAGGGGCCGCGGCCGGGCCCGCCGCGGGACGCGCCGCCGCCGCCUGGCCGCUCCGCACGGAGGCUCCGGAGAGCGUGUGCGCCCGGAGGGGAGCACAAUAGCCGGGAGGAGGAGACAGGGAAAGGGGCAGGGGAAAGGAGGAGAGAGAAAGAGAAAGCACAACACGGGGGUGGAGGGAGCGGAGGGCUCCUGAGCGUGGCUGCACCGAGGACCGUGCCCAGGACGGCGGCGGCGGCGGCAGGAGGUGGGUGGGGGGCGAUAUUUACCUUCCCUCCCCCGCCCCGAGCCUGUUCCUUUGUCCACCCGCUUGGAAACGCGCUGGGAUCGCCGGGGUGGGAGCGCUGUUGUUCGCUAGUAGAAGGCCGGUCAUGCCGGGGAGAGAGUAGCGAGCGCCCGGCGGGCUGGGGCCGGCGGCAGCCGAGGGCGGCGGGGAGCCGGCGCUGCUCCGAGGGUUGCCGCUCGCCUCCCGGUUCCCCUGCGCUGACCGUGACGGAGACGCUUUGAGUUGACCCUGCUGGAGCUGUUUCUGCCUCUACACGUGAGAUCCGGUUGGUUUAUUCUCUCCACCUAUCUCUCUCCAGCCUCCUUCCUGUAUCCUCCACUUGCUCCCGUAUGCAAAAUGGUGGACCCUGUGGGGUUUGUGGAGGCUUGGAAAGCACAGUUUGCAGACUCUGAGCCUCCUAAAAUGGAGCUGAAAUCGGUGGGAGACAUCGAACAGGAGCUGGAGAUGUGCAAAGCAUCUAUCCGGAGACUGGAGAUGGAGGUCAACAAGGAGAGGUUCCGCAUGAUUUACUUGCAGACUCUUCUGGCAAAGGAGAAGAAAAGCUAUGAUAGACAGAGAUGGGGUUUCAAACGUGUUUCUCAGUUGCCUGAAGGGGGUGCAGAGCAGCAGAUCCAAGACCUGCAUCAUCACCAGUCUGCUGACCAAGAUGAACAUGAAAAAAUCAAGUCACACCACGGGGAAGAGAAGUUGAAACCCAGGAUACCCUCUCUGCGGAAGCUGUCUACCCAGAGUGAUGGGUCAGACCUGUCGCCUUUGGACAGCCCCCAUCACGGAGAGGGGGAGCAGGACAGGUGUAAGUACUACAGCGAGGAAAAACUGAAGAGAGUUGUGGAAGAUAUUGAGAACCGCUGCGAUACAGAUGGCUCUCCUUCAAAACACAGAUCGGCUUCCACUCGCAGGCUAGCGGGAUCUGCUGAGAAGGAGGGAUCAUUUGAACCUAGUUCUAAGGAGAGAGGGAACAGCACCAGUGUGGCAGCCCUAAGGUCCAAUUUUGAAAGGAUUAAAAAGGUCAAUUCACAUGCCGGAGAUAACAAGGAUGUUGUUGAAAAGCCCUUUUAUGUGAACAUGGAGUAUCAUCAUGAGAAGGGUCUAGUAAAGGUCAACGAUAAAGAUGUUUCCGAUAAAAUAAGCUCCCUUGGUAGCCAAGCCAUGCAAAUGGAACGCAAAAAGUCUUUGCACUCCCUCCCUUCUAACAUGGUACCCAGCUUCAGCGAGUUCCAGAGGCCUGCUUACAGGGGAAGGUCGUCAGAGAGCAGCUUUGGGUAUGACGGAGAAUAUGAGGAUGCCGAACUGAAUCCCAGGUUUCUCAGAGAUAACCUGAUUAAUGCCAAUGGCAGCAACCGCUCACCUUGGCAGCCCAUGGACUUCCAACCCUAUCAAAGUGUCUACGUUGGUGGAAUGAUUGGGGAAGGAGAAGGGAAAGGACCUGUUCUGCGAAAUCAGGGUGCAAGUGACCAAGAAAAACAUCUCACUUGGCCCAGGAGAUCUUAUUCCCCCAGAAGCUUUGAAGAUAUCGGAGGAGGAUAUACUCCUGAUUGUAGCUCUAAUGAGAACCUUACCUCCAGUGAGGAAGACUUCUCUUCAGGGCAGUCCAGCCACGUCUCCCCCAGCCCCACCACUUACCGCAUGUAUCGGGAUAAAAGCCGUUCUCCCUCCCAGAACUCUCAGCAGUCCUUUGACAGUAGCAGCCCACCAACCCCCCAGUCUCAGAAACGGCACAGGCAGCAGCAGGUUGUUGUGUCUGAGGCUACUAUUGUGGGUGUACGAAAAACAGGACAGAUCUGGCCAAGCGAUGGAGAUUUGCCUUCUGGGAGAUGUCACCAGGACAGCUGCUUUCAUGGGGAUACAGACGCUUCAUUCAGUGGCACACCACCUGGCUAUGCGUAUGAUGCAGACCGUGCUGAAGAACAGAGGCGACAUCAUGACAUGAUGCCCUAUAUUGAUGACUCGCCAUCAUCCUCACCCCAUCUCAGUUCCAAGAGUCGGGGCAGCCGAGACACUCUAUCUUCAGGGUCUCUGGAAUCUACAAAAUCAAGUGAGCCAGACCUGGAGAAAGGCCUGGAGAUGAGAAAAUGGGUCCUGUCAGGAAUCCUAGCCAGUGAGGAAACCUACCUGAGCCACCUGGAGGCUCUGUUGCUGCCUAUGAAGCCUUUGAAAGCAGCUGCCACCACCUCUCAGCCUGUGCUGACUAGUCAGCAGAUUGAGACAAUAUUCUUCAAAGUGCCUGAGCUCUAUGAGAUCCACAAAGAAUUCUAUGAUGGGCUGUUUCCGCGAGUGCAGCAGUGGAGUCACCAGCAACGUGUGGGGGACCUCUUCCAAAAACUGGCCAGCCAGCUGGGAGUGUACCGGGCCUUUGUGGAUAACUAUGAAGUUGCUAUGGAGACAGCAGAGAAAUGCUGCCAAGCCAAUGCUCAGUUUGCUGAAAUCUCUGAGAAUCUAAAGGCUAGAAGCACAAAGGAAUCCAAAGAUCAGACGACGAAAAAUUCCUUGGAAACUCUAUUAUACAAGCCGGUGGAUCGAGUGACUCGCAGCACACUUGUCCUGCAUGAUUUGCUUAAGCACACUCCAGUGGGCCACCCUGAUCAUCCACUCCUGCAGGAUGCUCUGCGGAUCUCGCAGAACUUCCUCUCCAGCAUCAAUGAGGAGAUCACUCCGCGUCGGCAGUCGAUGACUGUAAAGAAGGGGGAGCACCGGCAGCUGCUGAAGGACAGUUUCAUGGUGGAGCUGGUUGAGGGUGCUCGCAAGCUACGUCAUGUCUUUCUUUUUACUGAUCUGUUCCUGUGUGCCAAGCUCAAGAAGCAGAUUGGAGGAAAAAGCCAGCAAUAUGACUGCAAAUGGUACAUUCCACUCACUGACCUUAGUUUCCAAAUGGUGGAUGAGUCUGAGGCAGUGCCCAAUAUCCCACUGGUACCUGAUGAGGAACUGGAUGCCAUGAAGAUCAAGAUAUCCCAGAUCAAGAAUGACAUCCAGCGCGAAAAGCGGGCCAAUAAAGGCAGCAAGGUCAUCGAGAGGUUGAAAAAGAAGCUCUCAGAGCAGGAGUCCCUCCUACUGCUGAUGUCUCCCAACAUGGCCUUCCGGGUACACAAUCGCAACGGCAAGAGUUACACGUUCCUUAUUUCAUCGGACUAUGAAAGGGCAGAGUGGAGGGAGAACAUCCGGGAGCAGCAGAAGAAAUGCUUUAAAAGUUUCUCACUCACAUCAGUGGAGCUCCAGAUGCUGACAAACUCCUGUGUGAAGCUUCAGACAGUCCACAACAUUCCCCUCACUAUCAAUAAGGAAGAUGAUGAAUCUCCAGGUCUUUAUGGAUUCCUGAAUGUCAUCGUCCACUCUGCCACAGGAUUCAAGCAAAGUUCAAAUUUGUACUGCACAUUAGAGGUGGAUUCUUUUGGGUAUUUCGUGAACAAGGCUAAAACUAGAGUUUACAGAGACACCACGGAGCCCAACUGGAAUGAGGAGUUUGAGAUUGAGCUAGAAGGCUCACAAACUCUACGGAUUCUGUGCUAUGAAAAGUGCUACAACAAAACCAAGCUCACCAAAGAGGAUGGAGAAAGCACAGAUCGCAUAAUGGGGAAAGGACAGAUCCAGCUGGACCCACAGGUGUUGCAGGACAAAGACUGGCAACGCACAGUCAUCUCAAUGAAUGGAGUUGAAGUGAAGUUGUCGGUGAAGUUUACCAGUCGGGAGUUUAGCCUGAAAAGGAUGCCAUCCCGGAAACAGACUGGGGUUUUUGGGGUCAAGAUCGCUAUUGUCACCAAGAGGGAGAGAUCCAAGGUGCCUUACAUAGUGCGCCAGUGUGUGGAAGAGAUAGAGCGGCGUGGAAUGGAGGAGGUGGGCAUCUACCGUGUCUCUGGGGUUGCGACCGAUAUCCAGGCUCUGAAAGCUGCCUUCGAUGUCAAUAACAAAGACGUGUCCGUGAUGAUGAGCGAGAUGGAUGUCAAUGCUAUUGCAGGCACCUUGAAGCUGUACUUCCGGGAACUGCCUGAGCCCCUCUUUACAGAUGAGCUGUACCCCAACUUUGCUGAGGGCAUUGCACUUUCAGAUCCUGUUGCAAAGGAAAGCUGUAUGUUGAAUCUAUUGUUAUCGCUUCCAGAACCCAACCUUGUGACAUUCCUUUUCCUUUUGGACCAUUUGAAAAGGGUUGCUGAGAGGGAAAGCGUUAACAAGAUGUCCCUGCAUAAUCUUGCAACUGUCUUUGGACCAACGCUGCUCCGACCUUCUGAGAAGGACAGUAAAAUCCCGGCUAACCCAACCCAGCCUAUCACAAUGACGGAUAGCUGGUCGCUAGAAGUCAUGUCCCAGGUUCAAGUUCUUCUGUACUUCCUGCAGCUAGAGACUAUCCCUACCCCAGACAGCAAGAGGCAAAGCAUUCUCUUCUCCACAGAGGUGUAGGUGCCUGUGAUACCAACAGGACACAAAAAACUGCUCUUGGCAUCAAUCUGCCACACCUGAGAAAAAGACAACCAGUGUUUCUUCAGACGUGACUGGCCUGUUCCUGUCCUGGGGCAUUGUGGCCCUAGCUGCUUCUGCUGUUUGUUAACCAGAGACAAUCUGAAGAGAGAGGAGAAAAAUCUCUACUUCUGACUGGUAGGACCAGAACGGAGCUGGAGCUGUGCAGAAUCUCCACUAGAAGGAGCAACAGACACUUGAACAAAUGCACCACAGAGUGUGGCUACUGUUCUUGUUGGGAAUGUGACAGAAGGUGUUCCUCAUUUUAUGGAUUUCAUUUAUCAUAAAGAAACUUCAAGAUUUCUACUGGACCACUUGACAGGAUACCCCUUUUUGGGUGAGGGGGAGUUCAAGGAUAUAUCACAACUGUGUCUUUAAUAACUGCUAUUUUUAAAGUACUGUUCUAGGCCACAAAGAGCAUUGCUUUGCAAGAGGAGAAGGGAAGGGCCUGGGAUCUAAUGCUCCCUCCUCAGAGAUUCAAGUCUUGAUUUGAAGAGGGUUCUAAAGAAAUGAAACGGUUUUGUGUACAACUAGAGCUGUUGGUUUGUUUGGGGUUUGGUUGUUUUCCUGGUUUGUUUUUUUUUUCUCACCCACCCCUUCCCUUGCAGAAUUUAUACAAACUCGAGGGAAGGAGAUGCCCAGCUCUCGCCUGUGUUGCACUUCUGAUGGGGUUUGGGUGAAGGGAGCCAGACCCAAUCAUGUUACACUAUAACUAAAUAUCGCAAAUUAAAGAGAGGCCAGGAGGAUUAGUCAGGGAUUCUGUGUUUGAUUCUGUUGUUUGUUGGCAGAGAAAAGCAGGGGCAAUAUCCCGACAGGAUUGCUAAAUUCCUUAGACCCCACCAGACUUAAUGAAAAUUAGUUGGGAAGGCUGUUAGUUCCCAACACUCCAAAGAAAAUAAGUUAUCGCUGCAAAAUUAACUGAAGCAUUUGUGGACAAAAAAAAAAAGUCAGUGGCUGUAAGUUUGGCUGGCUGCUUACUCCAAACUUUGUUCAGAACAUCUUUUUCUUGGUACUUGAACUUUUGGAGGCGUUGUACAUUGCUCCUACAAGUCUUUUUCUGAUAGAUACAAAUACUUUGGUAAAAUGUGUCAGAAUGUACUUUCUGGACAAUCUAGCAAGUAGCAUGCAUUGUGCGCUCUCGAGAGAUUCCAACCGUUUUAAGUAAGAGCAGUGAAGAAAUCUCUAUGGAACUACAUCCAGCAGUACAAACAGACUAGCCAAGCACCAGCUCUGGGUUUCCCUGCCCAAGUCAGUCCAAGCCGCGGGAGUUAGGCAGGCGUAAAGGGCAGUGGUGUUUGUCCAGGGUAUUGAAAGGAUGAUCUCGUUGCUGGUAUCCAGAGCAGAGCAUUCUGGCUAUGAAGCAGUUGUGCCAAACAUCAGGGGGUGGGGGGUGGCAGUGGCUCCGCUUUCAUAAAGUACUCUGGCCCCCUUCGCUUCCUACCCACUUCGGCAGCAUCCAUGUAGUGGCGUCCGUCUGUCAUCCUCCUGGUGGGAAGAAAAGAACAGCUUGCAGACAAGGGAAGGAGUCAGCAGGGGAAGGGGAGGGAGGGCCAGAUACUGAAAGAUUGGUGGAGUUAGAUUGUCAACGUCAUUUGAGGGGAAAUACGACAAAGAAAGCAACCCCUGUUAUGCUGAAUUUCACAUUUUCUGAGAGGUGAUCUGCAACCUCUCAAUUUAAAACAAAAAAAUCCAGAAAACCAAAGGAGUAGUUCAAACAGGUGGAAAGAAAAAAAUUGAAGGGAAAUGAUUUUGUAGUCACUAAUUCUGACUGCUGCAUAAUUUCCGAAAUUAUUGUACUGUGAAGUUGCAAAUUCAAAAAGGAACCAAUAUAAAUUUCAAUUUUGUGAGUAUAUCAAUAUUUUGCAUGCUUUGUAAGGAUUCUUAUAGGAAUUUAAUAUUGCUUAGUAUCCCUCCCUCCUUAGGUCUGGGAGCAAACCUCUUUGUAAUGUAAUGUACAACUAGAAAUUCCUUCUCUCGUAUGUAUUUCUACUACAUUCCAACUUCUGAACCCGUAAAACAGAAGAAGUGUUUAUAGUAGGAGGUGCUUUGUGGGGGGAGGGAGGGAAUGAUGGCAAGGAAACUUGAAGGCUUAAGAUUUGGAUUUUUUUUUUUUUUUUUGCCUUUCUGAAGGCAAAAAUUAGUCACAAUCCUGAAAAACAUUGACUUAAGAAAAGUCAUGCAGACCAGUAAACCACACUCCAUGGUUUUGUGUUUAUCUAUUUGUUCUCAUUUUUACCUAGCGGUUCUAUAUCAAUCCUUUUACUGUGAGCUGCGCCCUGCCCCAUCCCAAGGCAUUGUCUGACGUAGCUGAGGCAGCAGCACUGCUGAUGACCUCAUUUAAAAGGUGAGAAACCCCAGCCAGACUACACCGGCUGAUGGGGCAAUAGCCUUUUCCUUCUGGGGCUUGGAAUCUGUGGCUGGUUUUUGCAGUGUUGAAACUGGAAAGCAAUACCAUAAUGACUGUGCCAAUUUCCUUUUGCCCAAUUUUUUUAUUUAUAUAGGAAGUUAAUUUUAAUAUUAAAUUUCUGAUCUAUAGUAUGUAACCAUGAGAAAAGUGCUUUUGCUUUGGUUACUGUUACAGGUUGUUGCUUUUAGUCUCUCAUUAUAAUGCUCGGUUCUAAUGUAACAUUAUCUAACAUGCAGGCAUGUGGAUCAGGGAAAAAAAAUUAAUUUAACUUAAGCCGUUAAUUAUUUCUGCUACGUAUGAAUAUGUUUUCCCCAAAGCUGGUAAUUUUGGGCUGGAAAAGAUAGCGCAUCUUAUUGCUGAUGAUGAAAUCAUGGACUGAUUUGAAAUAUGAGAAUUGAUUUCUUGAAUUUCCUUUAAUUUUGCAAUUAAGUUUUUUCGAAUAGCCUUAUGUUUUCAGAAAUUAAGUAUUUCCAAAAGGCUUCUAUGUUCUUUUCCCAGGGGCCUUGGUUGGGGGUUCUUUGGUUUGGUUUGUUUUUUUGCUUUGUUAUUUUUUUUUAAUAAGCCUUAUCAUACUUAAACAAAAAGGGAAUUGCAAAACUUGGCUUUAAAGAAGACCUUCUGAUUUCUAGUCUUAUAUAUUCCCUCGCAAGCUGUGUCAGAAAACCUAACUCUUCCAUUCUCUAUAUCAAAAAGGUACAAUACAAACAAUGUAAGAGCAAACUUAGCAAAAAAAUACCCUUUCUGUGUGCACUGGGAGUUGAUGCUCUUUCAGUUUCUAGUGUAUUGGAGGGACCUUUCUGAAAAGGUAGCUUUCAGCAACGGGAACCUGAAAUGCUAAAACUUUAAACUAGAGAAAUUCAAGCGGUUAGGAUAGUCUGGGUGUCUUCAGUUUAAGGAGAGGAGUAAGCAUCAGUUUCCUGGCAUUUAGAGACGAUUUUAAAAUUCUCAUGGUGUUUUUUUUUUUUUUUUUAACACUGAAUAGGUUUUUAAGUAAAAUUUUAAGAAGUAAAGCAAACAGUGGGGAAAGUUUUCAAGGAUGAACAAGAAAUAACAGUUACUGGAUCAGUUUCAGCUUCGUGUUUGUGCGUGCUUUGUAUGGGAGGGGAGCGUCUGAAACCAAAUUGAAACACAUCCAUUCAAAUGCUGCUGGUGUUCUUUAUUCUUGCACAAUUUUAACAAGUUGAGAUAGUAGCUGAGCUAUUUCAGGCUGUAUUUUAGUGCUGCUGUUUUUCAAUGUAUCAGCUAAGGGCAAAAUACAGCAGUGAGGUGACUCUGUUGAUGCCCACUGCCUGCCUCAAUUCUGACCUUCAGCUGCGAGCGCAAGGCAAUCAGCAUGUGCCGUAUGAAGCAAAACUGCAAUUUUUCUGUUGGCCACAGGGUGUUGGAACCACAGAGUAUGUUUAUGUGAGAUGCAGUAUUUUUACAGUUUAUUCAUUUUACCAGUUUAAAAUCUGUUUUAUGGUUGUUUGUUAGUUUUCUAGGAGUUUAUUUAAACAAAUGUACUGUUCUUUAAAGCAAACAUGGAUCUCCAAAUUUGUUUGUUGCCCUUGUAACACUGGAAGGCAUCACAAUGUAUUCGCUUAUCUUAAUGUGCCAUUCUUUCAAGUAUGUAUAAAAUGUAAAUUGACCAACAUGGGUUUUUAAAAUGUUUAAAAAUCUGAUGGCAAAAAAUCAACCCUCUCUGAUUCCUCACUAGUUAAUGCUUUUGUUCCAGUGCUUGGUUAUCUACUGGGGUACCACCGCCAGAUAUGGCCUUCCUAUUAUGGAAAUUUUAGUAAGGCGUGGGAAAUGUUUUAAGAAAAAACCCUACCCUUUCUCUUUUUACUUUAAUUCAAGAAGAUGGGGACUUGUAAUACCAGAAGACCAGUACGUACAUUCAUGCUGCAUUUAAGGGAUUUGCUUCUCUUCCUUGAAGAAGAAAACACUGAAAGGGCAAUUCCUAAGUAGAUACAAUCAAAUUAAUCAAAUUCUUGGUGUAGUAAGUCAGUCACUUGUUUAUUCCCUCUUAAAUUUGUAGUCCAGCUGUGGUUUUCUUUGUAAACUUUGCUAGCAUUGUCAUAGUACCGUUACCAGAAAACUAAGUCUGAUACCAUUCACUUUCUUUAACGUAGGGUGUGUGCAGCUGAGGUACUGCAGCCUUCAAUUAAUAUCAGCAGUUCUCCUUUCUGCAUGAGAAUGAAAUGACUGUUCAUAUGUAUUCUAUGAAAUUUCUCAUUGCAUAAAACUAAAUACCUGGAUUGCCCUUAAAACCAAGAGAAGCCCUAAAGGAAGCACUUACAGUUAAUGAUUAUUCCUUAAAAAGGUUUUAGGGAAGAGAAAGAACACAAAAAUGGAAGAGAGAAGCAUAAACAGGAAUUGCUUGGAUCACCUGGUCUGGAACUCUAACGAAGUCCUCAUUUCAUGUUACAGAAGAUGCUCAUGCUCUAGCUAACAUGAGCAAAGACUGUCUUGCCAGUAAAUAAACAAUAACCCAGGAAGGCCAGGUAUUUAGCCACUGUAGCCUCCCAGUUCUGAUGUGCUGCAACCCCUCUUUUUUGCUACUGAAAAUUCACAGCUCAGUGCUAUGAAAGCAAAGCUUAUAAUUUGCUCUCUACCUCCCCCCCCGCACCCCCGGCAAUAGACAGAGAGGAAUAACAGAGUCUGUGUCUUACCGCAGGUGAAACACCACUGCCAAGGAAAAACGCUAACAGAACCAGAAAGCUCAGCUAUUGCUUAAGCUCAAGGUCUGUUUCUGGGCUGCAACGAUAAAAUGCCACAAUGUGCUAUAAUGAUGAAAUGGUUGAAACAGUAGGACCAAAGCAAACCUGAGCGUACUUGUUACCUUGAUUCUCUUCCUUCCAUGACCAUAUCACUAGAUUUAGGCCUUCCAGGUCAAGGAAAUACACAAGUGCUAUUGCUAAGAAUUAGAAAAUUAUUAAAUGACCCAGUUUGCUUCCACUGUUUAUUCUCUUUGUGUCGCCACCUCAGAGUGGAAUUGCAGGAGACCAUUGUAAAAACUGGCAGGUAAACAGUGUGAGUAUUUCCCAUGUCAUUUAUUUCCUACUGCCAGGUUUCACCUUUCAGUAAGAAAGACCCCUCCUUUUCCAGCAGAAACCACAUCAUUCUGUACUGUACAAACUACCGCACUGGGAGGUUCCGUUCAUAAUGGAGCCAUCCCUGGAGAUAACGAAAAGAUUUCCAGCCUUUUGGUGCAGAAUGGAUCAGGUGCUGCUAAAGCUUUGGGCUCCUGUAGGCCUGUUUUGCGAGUUAAGACUAUGUUAUUUAUACCUGUUCAAGCAUAUUUGGGAAUUAAUAUGAUUACAGGGCCUAGCAGAAAUGUUUGCUCUGUUGCUUUGUCUCAGUUGCAGUCGUGUCCAAAUCCUCUUGUCAAAAGUGGUUCAUCAGAAUGGAGAAAACUUUUUUUAUUUUCCAGUGGAGCUUUUGUUUGUGUAACUGUUGCAGUCUUUCUCCCUGGUGGUAGGAUGUUCUGAGAACCCAGGACAUCUACAGAUGAACCAAUUCUGUAAUCGGCAGAAUCAUUCAUAUGGCAAGGCCAUCUCAUAUUCCUGUGGAUGUACAGAAGGGCAGGCUUGUGUACAAACCAGCUUCCUGCCAGGAAGGAGAACACAGCCGUUUUCUACAGGUGUUGCUAAACAAGGAUCACAACAGGUAGAGCCCACCAGUGAGCAGGUGGCCUUGGAUGCUCACCUGUCCCCUGGGGCAGUCUGAGUGAGGCCCAGAAGGCAGCAGGGGGAAGAGAGUCAUCCAGUUCCUUACUGUGCUGAGCUGAGCUGAAUGCCCAUCUACAUAGAGUAGCUCAAGUUUCCUCCAUUUUAGCCCUAUUUUGGGAGAAAUUAGGACUACGCUAACACCUAGGGGUACAUGACAAUAUGCAAGCAGCCAGCUGAAAACCAACCCAUAUCUAAACACCACUCCAUAUAUAGCAGGUGGUAACAUAAAAGCUCCCAUAGCAAAAGGCUGUUUCUUCACAACAGCCUUUUCUCAUCCCUUCACGGCUUCUCUCAGCCUAAGGGAAAUCUUGUUCUGGGCUUCACAGUUACAUAUGAAACUUGCAGAAUCCUGGAUAAAACUUAGCAAUGCAGGGACACGUUUUGAGAGUUGGGGUACUAGAAGCGAUUACUGAGGCACCAAAAAGAGCUUAAGGAAUCGCUGUGUUGGAUGACUGGAAGCAUCACAAUGAAGCAGUGAAUUUAAAUAUGAUCUCACAGCAGAACACUGUGAAAUAUCCUUUCUGUGUCUGUCCAGCAAAAAAAAUAAAGCUAAGCCUUCUCUUGCCUUUGUAAGUUGUGUAGUUUGUUCUUAUCUCUAGUAUUACAAGUGUUUACAAUCUGUGAAGAACUCCAAGGAAUGAGUUAAGACUAUUUAUUUAAAUAUAAAUGCAAUUAAAUUAUAUAAUUAGUGCUACAUUAUCAGGUGUAGAAGACAAACAACUUGUUAUUAUUUGGAAAAUUUUGGGUUUCAUCAGAGUUAAUGUUGUUGUUGUUUUAACACUACCAUGUUAGGGAGUCAGUUUUUGACAUUUUAUACUGCUGUUGCUAGUGCUUCAGUAUCUCCUAGUGCUCUGGUUUUGGAAAAGAAAACCUAAUCCUAACAGUUUAAUACUAAAAGGUAUUGAAAUUGUACUGCUAAACAUCUCUCAGUUUAGGCCCAAAGAGAGGGGGGAAAAGGAAGGGAGGGGGAUUUGUCAUUCUGGGUUUGGUUUUGGUUUUUUUUCAUUUUCUGAGAAAAGUGACAUGAAAAAGGGAUCCAAAAACUGUAUUGGGGGAAAAAAAGUCUAAGGCAUUUGUAGCCUUUCUUUGUACACAAUGUUAAAUAAAAUCUCCUGUAUCUAUG